AUGAGAGUAGUUACUUACCUGGGAUUUACUGUCUUGUCAGUAUUCAUUCAAUUUUGUGUUAUGGAUUUUAUUCAAGAGAAAAUAGAAAUUAAAAAGAAUCCCAAAAAAGUAAAUAGUACUACCCAAAAGAGAAUUGUAGAAGAGUUUCUUCUAAAUAUUACAAACAAACCUCAUGCUCUUUACUACAGAACUAUUACAAAUAAGAAUUUAGAAAAACCAGCUCCUAUUAGAAAUAAGCUUUCUGAGAUGAACUACAGCAACUCCUCCGUGCCUACAGUGCCUUCGGGUACAACUGAUAUUUCCACAAUUGUAUUUGACGUCCUUUAUGAUGAGAGUACUUCCAUAACUGAAACAGCUCAAACUACUGAAAGCUUUUAUACUAGCACUGAGUUUGAUAAUAUUACAGAAAUAACUUUCUUUGAAGCAAGUAAUAAGUCAUCUCUCAUACCAAAUAAUGUACCAAAAACUAAUUAUAAGAAAUAUUGUGGUUGUAAUUUACUGUUCGAAGUCUGUGAUAUCAAUUGUUGCUGCGAUCCAGAAUGUUCUAACGAUGAAUUAAAACAGUUUGAAUGUGACAAAAACAAUAACGAUGACUUGUCUACGGAUGGAUGUGUUUCGCAUUUGUUACAUGGUGCCCUAAGAUGGAGUAGUUCACUUAACAAUUUAUUUUGUGUAGUCAAAACUAAUUUACCUGAUAAAAGGAAUAUCCAAAAGCCAAAGCUUGAACUAGCAAAUCAUCAUAACAAAUGGAAAGAUGUCGACCAGCACCAAAAAACGUAUGAAUUUAAGAAACUGCUAUAUAAACAGACUGAUCCUAUUUGGCUGCUAAGGAAUGGCACCCUUUAUUACUUUGAUGUCCCUACACCAAUGGUUAACAAUUACUGCACUGACCGAGCUCCCAUUGGAUUCCUGUAUGAAGAAAAGAUUACAUGUAUAGUAAAGUUUAAUGAUCUAGAGAUGUUUUAUAUUGGUAAAACGGAAUCGUCAAUGGUUAUAAGUGCAACUGAAAGAACCAUGAACAGUACUGUCCUGAAUUGUUCGAACUUACACUGCAUCAAUUGGACUAUCCUCGCUUGUUAUAAUAACAUUUGUAAGAAUUACAAUAAGACUUUGGAUGCCCCUUCGUGUACAGAAAGUAACUGUACAAAUGUGUCAUUUAAAAUUGAUUAUAACUUCUAUUACUAUGAUUUUAAAAUAACAAAUGCUACUAUAAAAUUGCACAUUCAAAAGGUUUUGUAUAAUGUACUUCCGUUGAUGUCUCAAGAAAUAACGGUAAAGUUCAUUAUGGCUAAUAAAUCCCUAGACUAUGUGAUCAAAUUCAGUGGGAAUCCAGGAUACAUCAACAAUUUACAGUUAAUAAUUUCAAAUGCGAAGAGCAAUUUUACUGACAGGUAUUUCAAUAAUACGCCUAUCGGUAAUUACUGGAUCUUACCAGAUAAUCAGAAUGGACUAUGUAUUUUGACGAAUAUGUCGGAGAACUUUAUAAGAUUUAACCUGAAUAAGAGAACAAAGUGUCGUUACGUUUACACACAUCAAAUAUCAAAGAAAAACGAUACUAGUGCUUGUAAAGCUAUUCAAGAUGACAUUAGUGCCUUGUUAGGACUAAACAGGGAAGUUUUAAUAGCACCUUUUGGAAAUCCGUACGCCGUCAAAGACGAGGAUUGGAUUAAAAUGCAGACGAACAUUCUAAGCCCCGUGUACGGAGAAUACAGUAAUCAGACAUUUAAAUUACAUUGUUACAAUCUAGUACACAGGGUUUCUUUUCUAUUUGUGUUUGCCAGUGUUGAUGAGAAAAAUUUCGUAGGUCAGAAUAAAAUUCUGUCCGCAAAAUACGAAGCUCUUCCAAUAAACAGAAGCUUUAAUGUUGAAGACAUUUCGAUGGUGCUUACAAUUGAUAUUAAUUUUAUUGAUGCUAGUACGCCGAACUUAUAUGUAUACGCAAGCAGUCCAUAUUUAUCCAUCCAUCUACCCAAAGACUUCUUUUUCCCAUUCCCGCCAAAUAGUGUUUCCCACUUGUCUAAUUUGCACAUUGUAGCCAUCCUUUGUAAUAUAAUAACUUUGUUCAAAUAA